AUGCAGACCCUCAGCGAAGCAUUGUUGCACAACAAUCACCCUGCUCCACCUCCACAGCCUGCCGGGCAUAGAGAUGUUGGACGCCUUGUAUCGGUCCAUGGACCUCCGACGUUCGUCGGUGAGGAAGACCCCGUUGUUCUCGAGGAGUGGGUUCGGACGUUCGAAAAGAUCUUCUCGGUUGUUGGGUGCCCCAAGGAGCGUCGAGUGGAGCUAGCAUCGUUCUACUUCAGCCAUGAAGCCGACUUGUGGUGGGUGCACGAGGGACCCGCUUGUCUUGAGGAGCCCGGCUUUGACUGGACGGCCUUGAAGGACCGGAUGCGAGAGCGGUUCUACCCGGCACAUGUUCGAGCCGCGACGUAUGAGGAGUUUCUGCACCUCUGGCAAGGUUCUUCGACGGUGGUUGAGUACCACAAGAGGUUUCUGGAGCUCACUCGCUUCGCUAGGAUGCUUGUUCCCACCGAGCUCGCGAAAGUUGAGAAGUUCGUAGCCGGUUUGAACUACGAGGCUCGCAAAGCUUUGACCGUGAGCAAGCCGAGGACUUUGAAGGAGGCUUACUUGAGUGCCGCGGACUUGUAUCGGGUGCAGCAGUUGCAACGCGGAUCUUUUGAGCUUGCUAGGAAGAGGAACGAGAGUGGAGGAUCUUCCAACUUCAAGAAACCAAGGCAGGAUUUCUGA